AUGCCACCUCCAAUACGCUCACCCAUCCAACUCCCGAACCGGACUCCUACAAAUUCAUCCUUCUCCCUCGCCCCUCCGCCAACACACAAUUCCAUCCCUACCAAACCGCGAAAAAAGGUCCUCCUCACACCCGGCCACAGCCCUCUAGACUGGGCCCGUCUCUCCUCGUCCCCUACCGCCAAUCUACGCGGUUUACCGCCCGAUACACCGUAUCUCCGCGUCCCUCCUUCCCUGUUGAAGCAGAUGACGGGCAGGAAAGGAAAGGAUGCAUGGACGGUGUUAGGCGGGAAGGUGUAUAAUAUCAGUCCGUAUGUGCCGUAUCAUCCUGGGGGCGAGCCGGAGCUGAUGAGGGCGGCGGGACGGGAUGGGACGCGGUUGUUUGGGGAGGUGCAUCCGUGGGUGAAUUGGGAGGGGAUGUUGGAGGGGUGUUUGGUGGGGAUUGCGGUUGAGGAGGCGGAGGUGGGGAGGGAGAGUAGUUUGGAGGAGAUGGACUAA